CCCCGCCCACCCCGCCGGCCCCGCCCACCAGCCGACCCCGCCCAUCCCGCCGGCCCCGCCCAUCCCGCGUCUGACGCCCGCGCGGCCGGCCGAGGGUCACCGCCGCGGCGCCCGUCCCCGCCGGCCGCCGCCAUGCCCAUCCUCAAGCAGCUGGUGUCCGGCUCCGUCCACUCCAAGCGCCGCUCGCGGGUGGACCUGACGGCCGAGAUGAUCAGCGCGCCGCUGGGCGACUUCCGCCACACCAUGCACGUGGGGCGCGCGGGCGACGCCUUCGGGGACACGUCCUUCCUGCACAGCGGGGCCGGGGAGCCGCCGGACGCCGCGCCGCCGGACGCCGAGCCCGCCGCCCCCAAGCGCGGCCUGCUGUCCCGCAAGUUCCGCGGCAGCAAGCGCUCGCAGUCGGUGACCCGGGGCGGCGGGGAGCCGCGGGACGUGCUGGGCAGCCUGCGCGACUCGGCGCUGUUCGUCAAGAACGCCAUGUCCCUGCCGCAGCUCAGCGACAAGGAGCCGGCCGAGCGCGCGCCCGGCCCGCUGCCCCGCAGCCUGUCCUCCAGCCCCGUGAAGCAGGCGGCCAGCCCGGAGGCGGCGGCGGCGGCGGCCGGGGGCCACCGGAACGGGGCGGCCAGCCCCGCGGCCCUGGCGGACGCCCUCCUGGACGAGCAGGCCUUCGGGGACCUGGCCGAGCUGCCCGUCGUGCCCAGGGCCGGCCACGGGCUGAAGCACGCCGAGUCCGUGCUGUCCUUCCACAUCGACCUGGGCCCGUCCAUGCUCGGCGAGGUCCUGAGCGUCAUGGACAAGGACGAGUGGGACCCCGACGGGGAGGACGGCGGCUACCGCGACCGCGACCGCGAUGAGGAGGAGGAGGAGGAGGAGGAGGAGGAGGAGGAGGACGUCAGGCACGCCCCGGCGGCCGCCACCGCCACCCUGGGGUCCCCCGCCCCGCCCCGGCAUGCCCCGGCCGCGCAGGAAGAGGGGUGGGGGGCGGCGGCGGCCCCCAGCCCCGGCUCGGCCCGCAGCGUGGGCAGCCGCGCCACGCGGGACAGCAGCUCCCUGUCCAGCUGCACGUCGGGCGUCCUGGAGGAGAGGGGCCCGGCCCGCGGGCCGCCCCCCCGGCAGCCCGACAAGGAGUUUUCCUUCAUGGACGAGGAGGAGGAGGACGAGAUCCGGGUGUGAGGCCCGCGGCCGCCCCCGAGCCCCCCGCCCCCGGCCCCCUCCCGCUCCCCUGCCCCACGGGGGGCCCCACAGCACAGCACGGGCCACGAGGGGGAUUCCCUUCCCUCUCCCGCCCCCCCCCCGGCCCUCCCAGAUGGGAGUCAGACGUCACCCUGGCUCCCGAGGACCCUCGGGGGAAGCGGGGGUCGCUCUCCUGGAGCCCCCCGGACGUUAGGGACCCUUCACUGCACCCCCCUGCAGGGAGGGAGGAAGCCAGACAGGAGCAGAAGGGCCUUCCCCGGGGGGUGCGGGGAGCAGGCAGGCCCCCCCAACCCACACCCUGGUGGUCGCCUGUCCUUCCCUCGCGGGGGUCAGCCCUUCCAGAGCCGUGCUGGGGGCGGAGUCGGGAGCCGGCUCCGGGUCCGGGAACUUGGCCGUGAGGCUCCUGUCGCCCUGUCGCGGGGGGCCUGGGUCCUUAGGACCCUCUAGCUCCUUGGGACCUUUUACUGACACCUCUGGGGGGUGCCCGCCCCGCCCCGCCCCCAGCCGUCAGUAAAGGAGGUGGCUGGUGGGGGUGGGGAGGCGGGGCCUUGUGGGGGCCGCCCCUCAGCCUAUCCCCACUCCUUCCUCCCCCCUCCCGGGCCCCAGGGACGGGGGUCCUGGCUUAGCAGCACAACAAAGCCCCUGUCCAGACGCAGUGGCCCCCUCGAGUGGCGUCGGGAGACUCUGGCUCUUCUCGACUGCCCCGUGUCACCGCCCCCUGGAAGCCCGCCCGCCCUCUAGAGUGAGCAGAAGGGGGGCGCGAUGGGGGGGGGGGGCGGCUCGCAAAUGGGAACCAGCUGGCCUCGCAGCCGGCCGACGACCACGUGACAGCGACCCCCCACCUCGUCUCGGAUCCCAGAGCCCCCUGGGGCUCCUUCUGCACGGCCCCGUGACGUGGGGGGCGGGGCCGGGCCGGGAAGGGCCCCCCAGCCCCCCCAGACCAGUUCCAGAUUCUGAACAGUGUAUAUUUUUUCAAAAUCUUGAUAAAACAGCAGAGACAUUAAAAGCACUGUAGCACG